AGUGGGGGAGAUCUACCAAACUUACUUAGAUAAGUUCACCUCUAUGACUCGGACAGUUGGUUCGUUGUGACCAUCUCGUACCAUCCUCUUACAAACCAACUGUAGACAUGGCGGAUAAGGAAAAGAAGAAGAAGACCAAAAAGAAGGAGGAAGCAGCGCCAGCUGCUCCUCCACCAGAACCUGAACCAGCACCUCCAGCAGAAGAAAAACCACCAACACCUGCUAGUACACCCAAGGAAUCUGGUUCAACUAGAGCAAGCAGUCGCGGUAGUCGAAAAGCGAAGCGCACUGGAUCCAGUGUGUUCUCUAUGUUUACUCAGAAACAGGUGGCUGAAUUCAAGGAGGCAUUCCAGCUUAUGGAUGCAGAUAAGGAUGGUGUAAUUGGAAAGAACGACCUCCGUGCUACUUUUGACUCUGUUGGCCGUCUUGUCACUGACAAGGAACUCGAUGAUAUGCUAAAUGAGGCACCUGUGCCUAUUAACUUUACUCAAUUACUCAAUCUAUUUGCAACUCGCAUGUCUGGAUCAGGUACGGAUGAUGAUGAAACAGUAGUAGCUGCCUUUAGCACCUUUGACGUGAAUGGUAAAAUUGAUGGUGAAAGAUUGAGGCACGCUUUGAUGACUUAUGGUGACAAAUUUACCGCGAAGGAAGUCGACGAUGCAUACGACAAUAUGUACAUUGACGACAAAGGUUUCAUUGACACGCAAAGUCUUAUCGCGAUGCUGACUGGUACGGGCGAUGAAGAUGAGGAAUAAUUUUAAGUGAUCUUUAACGUGCAAAAACGUCUGUUAAACCUUUAAUCAUUACAAAAAACAAAGUCUUGUAUUAGCGCCAGACUCGUGUGGUUUGCUUCCAAAGGGUGGAAAGUACCUAAAAGCGACGACUAAGCAACCGUGAUCAUUCCCUUCCUUUGCUCUUCACUGGUAAAAGUAUUUUUUUCCAAAGGGAACUCUUUUCAGUAAUAAAAGUCCAUUAGCGCAACACAAGAAACCAUAGAACAUUCUUUUGAAGGUAAAACGACGUGUCUGCCGAUAACCGAGGCAUUGAAACUCCACAUUAUUGUUCGUAUAAUAAAAUUACUUACAAACUUCA